CGUCCCUUAUAAGAUUACCACCUUCAUCUUCAGCCUUCACCAUCUAUCCGGCCCCAAUUCUCUCUCUCUCUCUAAAAUUUCUAUCAGCCGAUCGUGGAAAUUGCCGGCCGGAGAACGGCUGCAGAGGAAAUCGUUGUCGCCAGCCAUGAAGAAAAAAGUGGUGCUGAGAGUGCAAAUGUGCUGCGACCGGUGCCGCACCAAAUCCUUGGAGACCGUCGCAUCCAUUUAUGGUGUGCUGUCCGUAGCGCUUGAAGGCGCAGAAAGAAACUUGGUUGUGGUGGUCGGCGAGGACAUAGAUCCAGUGACCAUAACCGAGAAACUGAGAAAGAAGGCAGGCCAAACUGAGCUUGUCAAAGUAGAAGGGAUAGUUUCCGUGGGAGAAGAAACAGAUGAUGAUGGUGAUGAUCAACACCAGUGGCCGGCAGUUAGGAAUGGAUAUCCCAACUACAUAGCACCGGUUCAGAUCUGUGAGGGCGAUCACCCGACUACUGGUUGCUCUAUUAUGUGAACAUCAGCUUAUAAAGAAACAGAAUCAUAUAACCAUCUGUCCUGUCUAUACUCUAAAAGCUAGGCUGCUGGGAAAUACUUGCAUUCCUAUGUCUGUCAUCUGUGUUCUUGGUUGUUUCAUGGUCUGUGGACAUGUAAAAUAUUCUGAUUGGACCAUCCUACUUUUGUGACAUCGGCUUCCUUAGAGGGGGUAGGUCCCCUUUUACUCUUUUUUUUUGUAUUUUAAUAAAAU